GCUACGCAGGAAAGGAGCUGAAGCCCUUCCCAGCGUCCACCAAGGACGCAGAGGCUCUGAGGACCUAUCGACCAUGGUGAGGGUGCGAGCGCCCUGCCUGCUGCUGCUGCUGCCGCUGCUCCAGGUCUGUGCGACCGCCCCAGAGCCCUGCGAGGUGGACGAUGAGGAUUUCCUCUGCGUCUGCAACUUCACGGAUCCCGAGCCCGAAUGGUCCAGUGCCUUGCAGUGUGUGAGUGCCGUCGAGGUGGAGAUCCGCGGCGGCGGCCGCAGCCUGAAGGAAUUUACACAGUUCGCCAACACCGACCCCAAGCAGUAUGCUGACCUGGUGAAGGCGCUGCGUUUGCGGCGACUCACGGUGGGUGCCGCCCAGGUUCCUGCUGUGCUGCUGGCCGCCCUCCUGCGUGGGCUCGGGUCCUCGCGUCUCAACCAACUCACGCUCGAGGACUUGGAAGUGACCGGCACGGCGCCGCCGCCCCCUCUGGAAGCCACCGGACCUGCGCUUUCCACCCUCAGUCUCCGAAACGUGUCGUGGGCAACAGGCAGCGCCUGGCUCGCGGAACUGCAGCAGUGGCUCAGGCCGGGCCUCAAAGCCCUGAACAUCGCGCACGCACACCCGCUCCCCCUUUCCUGCGCGGGCCUCCGCGCCUUCCCCGCCCUCACCACCCUAGACCUGUCGGACAAUCCGGGACUGGGCGAGCGCGGGCUGGCCGCGGCUCUCUGUCCCGACAAGUUCCCCGCCGUCCGGCAGCUGGCGCUGCUGGACCUGAGCCGCAACCCGCUGCGCGCCGCCGGCCCGGGCGCUCCCGGGUGCGCCUGGCCCGACGCGCUGAGCUCUCUCAACCUGUCGUUCACGGGCCUGGAGCAGGUGCCUCGAGGGCUGCCGGCCGAGCUCAGGGUGCUCGAUCUCAGCUGCAACAGGCUGAACAGGGAGCCGCGGCCAGGUGAGCUGCCCAAGGUGAGUAGCCUGUCACUGGACGGGAAUCCCUUUUUGGACCCUGAUGCCGACAAGCACCAAGAAGGCCCGAAGAACUCAGGUGUGGCCGCAGCCUGUGCGCCUUGGACCCUGGUCCUGGGGAUGUUAGCAACUAAGGCGCUGCUUCAAGGGACCAGGGCCUAA